AAUGAAAAUGUCUGUGUGUGUCCACGAGAACCGAAAAUCCAGAGCCAGCACUGGCUCCAUGAACAUCUACCUUUUUCACAAGUCCUCUUAUGCUGACAGUGUCCUCAUGCACCUCAACGCCCUACGGCAGCAGAGGCUUUUUACAGACGUCCUCCUUCACGCUGGCAGUCGUUCUUUUCCCUGCCAUCGGGCCGUGCUGGCGGCAUGCAGCCGCUACUUCGAGGCCAUGUUCAGCGGUGGGCUGAGGGAGAGCCAGGCCAGUGAGGUGGACUUCCGAGACUCUAUCCAUCCAGAGGUUUUAGAGCUCCUGCUCGAUUAUGCAUACUCAUCACGAGUAGUUAUCAACGAGGAGAAUGCAGAAUCACUGCUGGAGGCUGGGGACAUGCUGGAGUUUCAGGACAUCCGCGAUGCCUGUGCUGAAUUCUUGGAGAGGAAUCUUCACCCAUCCAACUGUCUCGGUAUGCUGUUGCUGUCUGACGCCCACCAGUGUACAAAGCUGUCAGAACUCUCCUGGGGCAUGUGUCUAAGCAACUUCCCUGCCAUUUGCAAGACCGAGGACUUCCUCCAAUUGCCCAAAGAUAUGGUGGUGCAGCUUUUAUCACAUGAGGAGCUGGAGACAGAAGAUGAGAGAUUAGUCUAUGAAGCUGCUCUUAAUUGGAUCAACUAUGACUUAGAAAGGAGGCACUGCCAUCUUCCAGAGCUCCUGAGAACAGUCCGUCUUGCUCUGGUACCCGCCAUCUUCUUAAUGGAGAAUGUUUCAACAGAAGAGCUGAUCAAUGCCCAGGCAAAGAGCAAGGAACUGGUAGAUGAAGCUAUCCGCUGUAAGCUGAAAAUCCUCCAGAAUGAUGGUGUUGUCAAUAGUCCCUGUGCCCGUCCAAGAAAGACCAGCCAUGCUCUCUUUCUUCUCGGCGGGCAGACUUUCAUGUGUGAUAAGUUGUACCUGGUGGAUCAAAAGGCCAAAGAGAUAAUCCCAAAAGCUGACAUCCCUAGUCCUAGGAAGGAGUUCAGUGCCUGUGCCAUUGGUUGUAAAGUCUACAUCACCGGUGGGAGAGGAUCAGAGAAUGGUGUGUCCAAAGAUGUCUGGGUCUACGAUACCGUUCAUGAGGAGUGGUCAAAGGCAGCGCCCAUGCUCAUUGCCAGGUUUGGUCAUGGCUCUGCUGAGCUAAAACACUGCCUGUAUGCUGUAGGAGGACACACUGCAGCUACUGGCUGUCUUCCAGCCUCUCCGUCAGUCUCACUCAAACAGGUGGAGCAGUUUGACCCGGUGGCCAACAAGUGGACCAUGGUGGCACCUCUAAGAGAGGGUGUAAGCAAUGCAGCAGUGGUUAGUGUAAAGCUCAAGCUGUUUGCCUUUGGAGGCACUAGUGUCACCCAUGACAAACUCCCCAAGGUGCAGUGCUACGAUCCACAGGAGAACCGAUGGACUGUACCAGCAUCUUGCCCCCAACCGUGGCGUUACACAGCUGCUGCUGUUCUGGGAAAUCAGAUCUUUGUCAUGGGUGGUGACACAGAGUUCUCAGCAUGCUCUGCCUAUAAGUUCAGCUGUGAGAACUACCAGUGGACUAAAGUGGGUGAUGUGACUGCCAAAAGGAUGAGCUGCCAGGCUGUAGCAUCGGGAAACAAACUGUACGUCGUGGGCGGAUACUUUGGCACGCAGCGGUGUAAAACUCUGGACUGCUAUGACCCCACGCUUGAUGCAUGGAACAGCAUCACCACAGUUCCAUACUCGCUUAUUCCUACUGCUUUCGUCAGUACGUGGAAACAUCUACCAGCUUGAAUCCCAUAUUGUCGAUCCGCACACUCUCCAUUUGAUUUCCCUGUUUUGCAUCAUCUCCUGGUCUCCUGACUGCGAAGGAAAAGCACACAACCUCCUCCUCUAAAGAGACGGCGAGCAGCGAUGUACACAUACCUGCGCUCAGUUUGUAAGACGGAGGCUGAGGUGUACAUGAGGUCAUGCAAACGGACUGCUGCUUGUUCUGGGAGGCCUCGAGUCAGAACCUGUGUGCACAUUCAUGCUGCAAGCAUUUCAUGAAAACACCUGCAUUCCUCUCCUUUAGUCCUGACAGACUUGUGACAAUUUGUGAGAACGUUUUCUAUGACUAAAGAAAAAAGGAAAAGCAUGAUGGAUAUUUUGUUCAGACUGAUUUUAGGGGACGUUGAGCUAAAGCAUCUGUGUACUGUAUGUGACAUAAAAA